AUGCUUGUGUCAUUCCUCUCCUAUCCCCUAAUAGGCCAAGCUGGAAAUGUUGCUCUCUCGUCAGCUAACGCUAUUGUUUACCACAUAUUUACCGGAGAUGGCUCGUCUACUGGACAUCUUUACCUACACUUUUCUGCGAGUCUCGUAGCUAUUGUGCUUUCGUCAUUCAUUAUGUGGUCGGUAAUUUGA